GCGUGCGCGCGAACCUUCUCUCCUUCUUCACGGCACUGGCCAUGGCGGAACGUGCUCCCCAGCCUUCCAUUUAAAUAGAGAAACGUAAAUCUGCAGGCAAGAAGAGCGAGCGAGAGAGAGAAUCACAUACGACAGAAGAAUCAUAGCCACAGUGUUUCUUUUGAUUCAGUUGAAGGAGAAGGAAAAAGAUGGGAAGCGAGAAUCGGGAAAAGGAGGAGAAGCGGAGGCCGAGGAUUCUGUGCCUCCAUGGCUUCCGAACCAGCGGCGUCAUUCUGAAGAAGCAGGUCGAGAAAUGGCCUCGUUCGGUGCUCGACGGCCUCGAUCUCGUCUUCGUCGACGCUCCCUUCCCUGCCCAGGGCAAAUCCGAUGUCGAAACCGUCUUCGAUCCUCCGUAUUUCGAAUGGUUCCAGUUCAACAAGGAAUUUACGGAGUAUACAAACUUCGAUGAGUGCCUCGCGUAUAUAGAGGAUUGCAUGAUCAAGCACGGGCCUAUCGACGGCCUUCUAGGUUUCUCUCAGGGUGCCAUCUUAUCUGCUGCCUUGGCGGGGCUACAAGCUCAGGGUGUGGCUCUGACCAAAGUGCCCAAAAUAAAAUUUGCGAUAAUCAUUGGAGGAGCAAAGCUGCGGGCACCAUUGCUGGCAGAGAAGGCAUAUUCCUCUCCUAUUCAAUGCCCUUCCAUCCACUUUUUAGGAGAAACGGAUUUCCUGAAGCAAUAUGGGAUCGAACUAUUGGAUUCAUUUGUAGAUCAUUCGGUGAUUAAUCAUCCCAAAGGCCACACAGUUCCAAGACUUGACGAGAAAGGCUUGCCAAUCAUGCUGAGCUUUGUUGAACGGAUUCAACUGGGGAUUACCGACAAGGAAGAAGAACAAGAAUUAUGAUUGAAGAAGCAUCAGGCUUAUAGCUUGGUGAUAGCUGAUAAUAUCGAUAAAUUAAAAGUUUUAAAUUCGAGUUUCAUAUGUUUUAACUAAUUCUUAUUCCCAUUAAAAAUGCUCGAUCCCACUCAUACAAAUGAAUUUUACCAUGUUAUAGUUAGCCAUUAUUUGGGAAUUCAUAAAUGUAUUUUUUUAUGAAUAAAGAUUCUGAUUCUUAUUUUUUAA